UUGUUCUACAUCACCUACAGCGUGUUCAGACGGUUACUAUGGAGACUGCACCUCCAAGUGUGGAAACUGCCUCAAUGCUGACUAUUGUGACAAGACAACAGGCAUCUGUCCUGGAAGUUGUGCAGCAGGGUGGCGAACUGACACCUGUCUUCAACCGUGUCUGGGUGGUUACUAUGGAGACUGCACCUCCAAGUGUGGAAACUGCUUCAACGCUGCUUUUUGUGACAAGUCUACAGGCAUCUGUCCUUUAGGUUGUGCAGCAGGGUGGCACACUGACACUUGUCUUCAACAAUGCGUUGACGGAAUGUACGGUGAUGACUGCAUGUCACGAUGUGGUCAGUGUAAAGACGGCCUAGCCUGUGAUAGGUCCAGUGGCGAAUGUCCUGGAGGAUGUCAGGGUAACUUCAUGAAGCCACUGUGUCAAGGUUGUGCAGCAGGAUGCUCAAACCAGGUAGUGCAAGUUGCAGCAACACUUGGGACACUUCUCGUGUUGUCUCUCGUCGCUCUGCUGACAGCCAUCAUUUACAUCAGAAGACUGAAGAUUCAACUGGAUGCCUCACAAAAGAAACCCGAAGAUAACUACAUAUCUCUAGACGAGAAGACCAGGGAUCCAGUUGUGGAGAGCACAUAUGAACACAUUGACAAUACCACUCCUUCUCUCAACGCAGUGGAAGUCCCUCAGGGCCGCAUUUGAAUAGUUGCAUAAAGCGUCCUGUCUAUAUAGAGUAGCCUUUUAUUACGUUAAUAGUUCGGAGUGUGGACAAACGUUACGGUAAUUUCUCAAGUGAGGUCACGAAUUACUUAACAACUGAACAACAUCAAGACAUGUUCUGACGUAAAUAACAGCAUAAUAACGUGAUUCAUCUUUUGUAAAAACGGCAACUUAGCCAAUCAUUUGAGUCCUUCCUUUAGCAGUUAUUCUUUCGCUGAUCAUGACGACUUUGAAGAUCCCAAGGUCACCUCAAUGCAUCUUGCAUGGAAUUGGUGAAGACCCCUCUUCCCUGUUUUAUUGUCUACCGCUAGUGUAUUCCCCAUCUCUGGCGACACAUACUUUGAGUUGUGCCAUCAAGAUAGUCGGUCGGCCUGUUCGAGAGGCAUUUCGAAAUAGGAGCACCAAGGGUAGAUAACACUAUAUGGAUGGGCAACUUCUUUAUUACAGUGAGAGCGACGUGUCGGACACUGAACUGACAUACAACCUUACUGUAUGAGGCACCGAAUUCAAAUAUUCUUAUGACUCGCUGUCUGUCAUUUUCCUUUAUGUGUAACCUCGUCACAUUUAACCAAACCUACCAAAUGUGGGGUUGUCAGCACACGUUCGAAUACAGGAUAUAAUAGAUUUCGUAGAUAUUAUCUGACAUAUUUCUUCUUGAAUAACUAGCUGCUGUUUAAGCAUUUGCUUGAGGCCAGUAGAUACAACUCGGCAUGUGAGGCUAAGUCUUGGUGUUACGACAUGAGGGUUGACAUUUGUAAAUGUUACGUUUAGUAUGUUCACUGAAAUACAAUAUAUAAUUAUGCAUUAUAGUGUGUGACCUUUUGUAAACAAUAAACAUUCUCACAUGAAUAAUUCUGGCGGUUGAAGCGACUGGUUGUCACCCUGAAGAUGUCUGAUUUCCAGCAUGGUGUAAAGUCAAUUCGUAGUGUUCCCUCGAUAUGAAAUUUUGUUUGAAAAUUGCAUAAAGCAUGUAACCUUUACAGUGUUCCAGCACCUAAAUAGCCCUAAAUCGUGUUAAAAUUAUAUAUACGAGAACAUUAAUAUCCAGUACGACGCUCCAACAGUUCCAUAUAUACCCAACGUUUAGACAUGCAUGUACAUGUUUGUAUAUGUUCAUUAUACUUACCUCCGAGAGGCGCUAUGUUGGAACAAAACAGUAGCAAGGUCACAUGCAUUGCGUAAUAAUAAAUCACGAUAAGUAAUCUGUCACCUGUUGUAUUACUUUUUUUCCUGAUCCUUGGUAUUGUUUCAUAUAAAUCAUGUACAUGUAUUUCUAAGUGCACGUGUUACAUUUUGUAAUAUAUAUGCAUCCAUGCUGUUAUUUACCAUGACACUUCAUGCUGGUCACUGACUAUGAGCACGGAGAUGCGUAGUAUAGAUGCUGAAUUCCAAACUCAUAUAAUCUAUCAUUAUCAUUGUAUCACUAUUGUCAUUGUCAUGAAUUUACUAUCUGACAUAAAUUUAAUUUGAUAGCG